CUUCCCUGGGAAAAUAUCCCAUCGUCUAGUCCCACCAGUCUUCCUUUUUUUUGCCUCCAUCUCCUCCGGCGAUGGCCGCCGGUCUCCUGCUGGUCGUCGCCGCCGCGGCCCCGCAUCGCCGGAAAUGCCGCCCGCGCCUGCUCCUCUGCGGCUCGGCUCCGAGGCCCUACCACAGCUGCCGCGUCUCCCUGCGACCGUGGCCGUGCGCGGCCAGGUUCGCCGCGUCAGCCUCCGGCGGUGGCGGGGGCGGGUCGGAGGCGCCGUCGGAGGGAGAGGUAGGCGGAUGCGGCGCGGAGCGGACCGUCGAGGAGCUACAGAGACACGCCUCCGACGCCGACGAGUCAGAGAAGGUGGAGACUAGACUUAUCUCCUAGACUUGAGAUAAGGACAUGCAGGGAGACCAGACUAGCAGUGAAGUCAGGGGCACAGCUGCGUGCAUUGUCGUGGAGAGGAAUGCGCUGGCUUCAUUCAACGCCAGCAUCAUUGACGAUCCUGGUGGGAGGUUACGCUCAUGGCAAGGAUAAAACUGCUGCAGCUAGGCCGGUGUGAGCUGCAGCAAGAAGACCGGCCAUGUCGCCAAGCUGGACCUUGGUAGUUACUCCCUCAAAGGCGAGAUCAGUCCAUCUUUGGCCGGUUUGACCAGAUUGAUGCACCUCAACCUAAGCCAUGGGGAUUUUCGUGCCGUGCCCAUCCCAGAAUUCAUAGGCUCUUUCAAGAUGUUGAGGUAUCUUGAUCUGUCGCAUGCCGGUUACGGCGGAACAACUCCUCCUCAACUCGGUAAUUUGUCCAGACUCAGCUAUCUUCAUCUGGGCUCAUUCAGAGUUCCUGGGAUCAGUCUGGAUAAUUCCAUGUACAUGCACAGUCACACUGACACAGUGACACUACAGAACCAAAUUAGGAUGAAGACAGGGGAUUGGAUCGAACCAAGCUGCACACUACUUCUGAAAAAUUCUUAUUAUGACAACCAUGGCCACAUUACAUUGUUCCAGAAAUGGCCACUUACAGAAGGUGGGGAAGGAAGCUUAUCAUAUUUCAAAUUUGGGGGUGUGCUUGCAGGUGGCGAAGGAACAGGCUGAACAGAGGGCGACGACGAAGCAGAUGUUCGAUUUGGGCAAAGGGCGUACUGGAAAGUGGUGUAUAGCCACUCCAUAUAAUUCUUGGAGGCGGCACUCUUCCUCGCGAUUUGUGGUAGAAUUUUGAGAAUUGUGGGUCUCCUCGGCACCAUCAGUCUAACCAGUUAUUUUAAUUUGAACCGAUGAGUCCGCUGGCUGGUCAGCACAAACUGCAAGCAGACAAGACAGGUAUACGAGACCAGACUUGAGAUAAGGACAUGCAGGGAGACCAGACAAGGAGAGAAGACAAAUCUUGAUCUGCAAUACAAUGGGAGGAUAUACGAUGCUUGAGAUGCCAUGGGAGGUCUGUAUUACCUGGCCAGCUUAGUUUAGCUUCACAGUUUACUCCACAGCCAUGGGAGGUCAUACCAUGCUCAGAUUGCUCACGGGGUUGGCCCUAUGGUGCCUCGUGAUCAACUUCACCAGGGGCAAAGCUGCGUGCAUCGGCGUGGAGAGGGAUGCACUGGCUGCCUUCAACGCCAGCAUCACUGAUGCUGGUGGGAGGUUACGCUCAUGGCAAGGAGAAAACUGCUGCAACUGGGGCGGUGUGAGCUGCAGCAAGAAGACCGGCCAUGUCGUCAAGCUGGACCUUGGUGGUUACUCCCUCAAAGGCGAGAUCAGUCCAUCUUUGGCUGCUUUGACCAGAUUGGUGCACCUCAACCUGAGCCAUGGUGACUUUGGUGCGGUGCCCAUCCCGGAAUUCAUAGGCUCCUUCAAGAUGUUGAGGUAUCUUGAUCUGUCGCAUGCCAGUUUUGGCGGAAUAGCUCCUCCUCAACUCGGUAAUUUGUCGAGACUCGUCUAUCUUGAUCUGGGUUCGUUUGGAGGUCCUGGGAUCACUGUCAAUAACUUCCGUUGGGUUUCCAAGCUGACAUCCCUGAGGUAUCUCGACCUCAGUUGGUUGUAUCUUGCCGCUUCUGUGGAUUGGCUGCAGGCAGUGAACAUGCUACCAUCACUCCAAGUGCUUCGCCUGAAUGAUGCUAGUCUUCCUGCCACCGACCUCACUUCUCUUUCUCAAGUCAACUUCACUUCCCUUACGCUGCUUAAUCUGAAGAAUAACGAUCUGAAUUCCUCCAUGCCGAAUUGGAUUGACAAGCUAUCUGCCCUCUCAGAGUUGGACAUGACUAGUUGUGGGCUUUCGGGCAUGAUUCCUGAUGACCUUGGCAAACUGACUUCACUUAUGUUCAUAGGGCUUGGGGACAACAAGUUGACUGGAGCAAUACCAACAUCAGCUAGUAGGUUGUGCAACUUGGUUCAAAUCAGUUUGUCCGGGAACAUCUUGUCAGGAGAUAUUGCAGAAGCAGCCAAGAGCCUGUUUCCCUGUAUGAAGCGGUUGCAGAUCCUUGAACUUUCUGGUAACAAGUUAACCGGAAACCUAUCUGGUUGGCUUGAGGUCAUGUCAGGUUUAAGAAUCCUUGAUCUCAGUGCGAACUCACUGUCUGGAGUUGUGCCACAUGGUAUUGGUAACCUAUCAAACCUGACAUACUUGGAUAUUUCCUUCAAUAGAUUUAAAGGCACACUAUCGGAACUCCACUUUGCCAAUUUGUCAAGAUUGGAUACUUUAGAUCUAGCAUCAAAUUCAUUCGAGAUUGUAGUCAAACAAAGCUGGAUGCCACCUUUUCAGCUCAUAAAUCUCGGACUGCAUGACUGCCUUGUAGGACCAGAGUUUCCAACUUGGCUGCAAUCACAAACUAUAAUCGAGAUGACCGAUCUAGGCAGUGCAGGCAUCAGGGGUCCAUUACCUGACUGGAUCUGGAACUUCUCUUUGUCAAUGACUAGCUUAAAUGUCUCAACAAACAACAUAACUGGUAUGUUGCCUGCAAGCUUGGAGCAAUUGACAAUGCUAACAACUCUAAGCAUGAGGAAUAAUAAGCUUCAAGGUAACAUUCCAGAUUUGCCGCUUAGCAUCCGAGUGUUGGACCUAUCCUGCAACAACUUAUCAGGACCAUUGCCACAUAGCUUUCGAGACAAAGAAUUGCAUUACCUAUCACUGUCAAAAAAUUCCAUUAGUGGAGUAAUCCCAACAGAUUUAUGCAACAUGAUAUCAUUGGAACUGAUUGACCUAUCUGAUAACAACCUUUCAGGAGAGCUUCCCAAUUGUUGGCAAAAGAAAUCGGAGCUGUAUGCCGUAGACUUUUCAAGCAAUAACUUGUGGGGAGAAAUACCAUCUACCAUGGGUUCUCUAAAUUCCCUCAUGUCACUGCAUCUUAGCAAGAACAGGUUGUCAGGAGUAUUGCCCACCUCAUUGCAGUCAUGUCAAAUGUUGAUGUUCCUUGAUCUUGCAGAAAAUAAUUUGUCAGGAAACAUACCAAAAUGGAUAGGUGACAGCCUAAAAUCUCUGAUACUUGUGAGGUUGGGGUCCAAUCAGUUUUCUGGUGGAAUACCUGAAGAACUGUCCCAACUUCCUGCUCUGCAUUAUUUGGAUCUUUCGAACAACAAACUAUCUGGCCCUGUACCACAUUUUUGGGGAAAUUUAACAGCCUUGCACCUGGUCAAUCAAGACCAAGACAGAAGAACAUCGCCUUUCCUUCAGUACAAGGUUUAUGGUCUUGGGGGUGCUUACUUUUUCGUAUACACAGAUACCUUGGAGGUAAUGACGAAAGGUCAUAAUUUUCUUUAUGAGGAAGAAAUGUACGUGAUGAAGGGCAUUGACCUCUCAGCAAACCUAUUAAGUGGUGAGAUUCCAAACGAAAUAGGAUUUUUAUCUUCACUGAUUAACUUGAAUCUGUCAAGGAACCACAUUGGAGGAAGUAUCCCUGCUGAACUUGGGAAUUUGGUGGAUUUAGAGUCACUCGAUCUCUCAUGGAAUGAUCUAUCGGGUCCAAUUCCUGACAGCUUUGCGUCGCUAACUUCUUUGGGCUUCCUGAAUUUGUCCUACAAUGAUCUCUCAGGGGAGAUACCGUCAGGAAAUCAAUUGCAAACUUUCGAUUUGGACUCGUUCUUGGGAAACCAAAAUCUAUGCGGGCCUCCACUUGACAGAAUCUGUGUGCCAGAGAGUAACAAACACCGGCACCGUAAACUUCAACUCAGAUUUGGCACGCUGACUUGUCUAUUUACUCUGCUCGGGUUUGCAUUUGGAAUCUCCAUGGUUUUCACAACCUUCAUAUGCAGCGUGGUCGCGAGGAAGGCUUACUUUCGGUUCACCGACAGGGUACUCAGCAAGCUGUGCACUGCUAUUAAGAUGAAGGUUAGCAUCAACAGGAUGAUCCCAGCAGGAAGAGGCCCCUCCAUGGCAACACAGAGUCAGGACUCCAUCACUUGCUACGAUCUGGAACACUCUUCAACUGCUAUUGUGUAAAGCGCCUUAGCUUGUAAUAUGAAUGGACAGUCUGAACUACUCAUAUGCUAUUUUCUUGUAAGAAUAAUAACCAGCUGAAUUCUCUCUCUUGCCCCGCUGGAUAUUAUUGUACGACCCACUUGAAACUCAUUUUAUAAUUCAUACGUACACAUGAAGCAUGUAUAAUUUUUCAAGUGUGUUUGGCUUUGGUUUGACUCAGUUUACUAGGAUAUAUGCGUUCUUCGUAUUCCUGUGAACCAAACAUGUACGUAAAGUUUACAAAAGUUCUGGCUUUUAUCUUGUAAAUUCUCUGUUUUGCACAUGCACAUCUAUAUCAUAUUCUUGUGCCCGUCCUUCCUAUAUAUGCUUUCAGAAUCCCGCGUAGCAAAGUCGCCCUAAUGCUUGGAAGCAGAAACAAAUUCUCAUUGUAACUGCAACCACUUUGUUUGAUGAAGUUUAACUAAUUCUGAAACUAUCAGGAAGUUGGUGGCACCUUUAAAUCGCCUUCUCCCGCGUGUUGUGCUGAAGAACAUGCGAUUGACUGUUUAUCUGUUUAUUCACCAAUGUGCCAAAGUGGCUCGGUCAAGCUAAAAAAAUCCAUCCAUUGGGACCGGCCAGAGCAUAGACGUGUAAGUUUCUGCACGUAGUUUCUAUGUUUUUUUAAGGGAAAUACUGUAAAGCUUCUACGUGGUUAAUGCUGCUGGUUCAGUGUGGACCUGCGACUCACGGCCGGAGAGGUGAAUCCGGCGCAUGCUAGCCGUUGGAUACGUAGCAUUGACAAUUGAUGAACGGUAGAUGCCAACCUAAUGUGGGAAAUCAACGGCUCCGAGCACCUCAAAAGUGUUUUGGCGGGAAGCUGGGAGGGAAGUGGUAAUUCCAAAUCCAAAACUGCUACACUAUGGUAGUAGAGGUUCAUGUGUAUGUCCUUUCCUACACUUUCAGAAUCCUGUGUAUCCAAGAGGCCCUUAUGAUUAGAAACAGCUUCAAUGAUGCCCAACUAGUUUGAAGUUAAUCAUCCCUGGAAUGUACGGUGUUGCCCGUUCCCAGCCGCAGGAGCUCUGAUUUCAACCAUGUGACACAUAUGGUAAGCAAUCCAAACUACUCAAAAAAAAAUGGAGCUCUGAUUUCAGUGCUGUCAUUCAGAUUCAGAGAUGUAGGAAGAACAACUGAUGGUAAGUUCCUGAGCAGAAACACAAAUCUUUGAUUCAUUUUACAUGUUUGAGCAGCCCUCAAAAUGAUAAAGAAGUCCGUCGUACCUUUAACUCACCUUCACCCGCCAUGCUAAAGAACAUACUCAACCAACUUCAUCCACGUUUGAUUGUACCGCCUAAGCAAAGCUUGAUCACGUCAGCUGCAGCAGCAAGACAUGUCUACCCAACGCCAAAGAUAACGAAUUUCUACUUCUACUCAAGGGCCUCACACGCCCCCGCCAACAGCAAAACGUAGAGGAGAGCUGCGCCAACGGGGGAGCGUUUUGAUUUUCAAUCUGAGAUUUCUUCGCCACAGGCCGAGAUGGCCGAAUUUCGGCCAUUUAAAAAAACUUCUGCCAAAGUUUGACUGAAAUUUGACCGAUUUUGGCCGAAGAUAGAUUUCGCCCAGGCCGAGAUGGCUGAAAUCCUUUCUUUCGGCCGAAAAUCAAAAUACCGCCGUGACCGGUAGGAGGGGCCGCAACAGUUGGAGGGAGGUGUCUUGGCCUUCUUUCCAUUCAUCUGAUCAACACAUAUAUAUACACCGGGCUGGCUCACGCACGCCCUAACCCAGCCUCCACUCGGGCCACUAAACCCACUAACCAUCUGAAAAACAAACUAUGCACAUACAUGAAUCAAGAUUAAGUCUAACAUGCUUAGCAGCGUCGCCUGCACAUUACAACCCAUGAGGAUGAACUCGUUUGCCGACGAGUGUAGCAUGUAUGGGUAUGGGCGUAUGACACCCCACCACCGAGACCAAGGCUCCAGCUCCACUGGCC